UCCUUCUUUUGACGGAUGUCGAUGCUAUAACCCUUCUUGAGAUAGCUCUUGUGUUCUUUCAGCUCCUAGAUAGGAUAUCCUUCAGAUCUGUGCUUCCUUUAUUAUUAUUUUAUUCUUGGAAAUAUUAUGCAUUAAAGAUCUCUUUGGUCUGAAGACUGAAGCAGCUAGCUACGAACCUUGAAUUACUGAAUUUCUUCUCUGUGUGUGUUUUGCGCUGCCAAGAUUUCGUUCUCCAAGCAAACACAAAAGUAGUAACGUCUGGCAUGCGUGUGCUAGGGAAAUGUGUUUGUGCUUUUAGGAUUAACAUCGUAUUUACCUGCAUAUAUCAAACAAACAGUUAAAACUACGUGCCUGCAUAUAUAAUAAAUUUCGCUGCUACAUCAAACUAAACCUAAAGAUUGACUAAACCGAGCUGCCAACAAUUGUGUCUCUUUCUUCUUUCGUAUCCGGUCUCAGUUGUGUGUUGGAAAGUUUGUUUGUCAUCAGAUUCAUCACAGCGAACAUGAUCCAAGUGAAAAGUUCGCAUGAACUACUGACCAUCAAUAUCCCACUGAUGAUAAUCUACCAAUUGUUCUUGUGACCAUGCACUUUGCUUAUGAAAGUGAACUGUGAUUGUGCGUGGGGAUGGGGAGGGGGAAGAUUGAGAUCAAGAGAAUCGAGAACACCACGAGCCGCCAAGUGACCUUCUGCAAGCGCAGGAACGGGCUGCUGAAGAAGGCUUACGAACUCUCCAUCCUCUGCGACGCUGAGAUCGCUUUGGUCAUCUUCUCUAGCCGAGGCCGCCUCUAUGAGUAUUCUAGCAACAGCGUGAGGUCGACAAUAGAGAGGUACAAGAAAGCCUCUGCCAGCACUUCGGGAACAGCUCCGGUGAUAGAUGUCAACUCUCAUCAAUACUUUCAGCAAGAAGCGGCAAAACUGCAUCAGCAGAUACAAACCUUGCAGAACUCAAACAGGCACCUGAUGGGUGAAUCAAUUGGCAAUAUGACUGCAAAGGAGCUCAAGAGCAUUGAAAGCAGGCUCGAAAGAGGCAUUGGCCGAAUUCGAUCCAAGAAGCAUGAGCUGCUGCUUGCAGAGAUCGAAUAUAUGCAGAAGAGGGAAGCAGACCUGCAGGGUGAGAACAUGUUCCUGAGGGCCAAGGUUGCAGAGGUCGAGCGAGCUGAGCAGGAGGCGGCAGAAGACCAGCAGAUGGCGCCGCCGCCGGUUGGAGCGACGACGGCGACGACGGAGCUGCAAGCGCUGCCGGCGUCGUUCGACCCGCGCGGCUACUACCUCCAGGCGCAGGCGAGCAUGCUGGCCGCCGCCUCUGCUGCGUCGUCGUCGUCGUCGCAGCAUCAUCCCCAGCUGGGGCAGGAGCACCACCACCUGCAGACUGCCCUCCACCUCGGGUACCACAUCAAGGUCGACUCCGCCGCCGCCAGCAAAGGCUUCAUCUAGCUGAAUUGGUGCACGCGUGCAUCUCAGUGCUCGUCGAUCGACGACUAAACGACCGGUGAUCAUUGACCUAUUUGCGUCAGCUGCUAAUAACUGCGGCUGCAUGCUACAUAUACAUAUAUAUAUAGAAUAACGCGUCGAUGUCAAGUAUACGUACGCUGACGCUAGCUGUGUGUGGAGAACUGCUGCUGGCAACCGGUGUGGAUCAGUUACUUCAGUAUGGCUACAGACACAGUAAGCGUGUGGUUUGUUCUCAGGUCACAGUAGUUUGUGGUUAGGCAUUGCUGGUUUGCAGUUUGACCAUGCAUGUAUGGUGUGAUGAAUGAUAUCGUCAUCCUGUCUCGGUUAUGUGUGCCUAGCUAGAUGAU